CUGGAACCAGUCAGGAUUCAUGAGCAGUGUCAUGGAUACCCGCUGAUCAGAACUCGGAGAUUUAUCCAGCACCAAAAUAUCCAGCAGUCAGACAAUAACAACAGACCAAAAGAGCAAAGCUCAACGGAUUCCACCUGCCCAUGCAGUAGCCACCCGGUGCCACUGCGUCUCUUUCCCUCUCUGUCACCAUGAUGUCUAUGAACAGCAAGCAGGCUUUCAGCAUGCACCCCAUCCUGCACGAGCCGAAAUACACCCACCUGCACACCAGCUCGGAGGCCAUCAGGAGAGCCUGUCUACCAGCCCCCCAGAUCCAAGGCAAUAUCUUCGCGGGCUUCGAUGAGACUUUGCUGAGAGGGGCUGAAGCUCUGGCAGCUGUGGAUAUAGUGUCUCAGAAAACCCAUCCCUUCAAACCAGAUGCCACCUACCACACCAUGAGCAGCGUCUCCUGCACGCCCACUUCUUCUUCGGUUCACCUGCACCACCCCUCGGUGCUGACCACCCACCAUCACCACCACCACCACCAGCCCUCGCAGGGUUUGGAGGGGGAGCUCCUGGACCACCUCAACUCUGCCAUCCCGCUGGGGGGUGUGCCCGGACCCGAGGUGGGCUCGACGCCCUCCCACCCGCACUCCCACAUGCCAGCCCUCAACCACAUGGCCCACCACCCUCAGUCCAUGAACAUGUCUCACCCCCACGGCUUGGCCUCCCAUGCUGUCAUCUCAGGCCCCGAGACAGAGACAGACCCCAGGGAGCUGGAGUCCUUUGCUGAGCGGUUCAAGCAGAGGAGGAUCAAACUUGGGGUGACCCAGGCGGAUGUGGGCUCCGCCUUGGCCAACCUGAAGAUCCCAGGUGUUGGCUGCCUGAGCCAAAGCACCAUCUGCAGGUUCGAGUCCCUCACCUUGUCCCACAACAACAUGGUGGCCCUGAAGCCCAUUUUGGAGGCUUGGCUGGAGGAGGCUGAGAGGGCUCAAAGAGAGAAAAUGACCAAGCCCGAAAUCUACACUGGCGGGGACAAGAAACGCAAGCGCACUUCCAUAGCAGCCCCGGAGAAGAGGUCGCUGGAAGCUUAUUUUGCUGUGCAGCCCAGACCUUCCUCGGAGAAAAUCGCAGCCAUUGCAGAGAAGUUAGACUUGAAGAAGAAUGUGGUGCGCGUCUGGUUUUGCAACCAAAGACAGAAACAGAAAAGGAUGAAAUUUUCUGCAACCUACUGAGAGCUGGAGAGGGGAUGGGAGGGCAGAGAAAACCAGUGUUCGCCCCCUCCCACAAGCCAGCCCUGGAAUGAUCUGCUCCCCAGCUCCUAAAUCAGGCAGAUAUUUUUUAAAGGGAAAACCACCAAGAACUGGUGACUUCGCUCUCCUCUCGAAUCCGCCGUUGUCUCCGCAAAUCAAAGAACUGGGCAUAAUAGUGUUACUAAUAAAGACUUUUUUAAAAGACAAAACCAUACAGGAGAAAGGUAUAGAACUUUCCGAUAGUCCUGGUGAGUGAAUGUCAGGGCUUGUGUCUUUGAGAUGAAACCCGCUUACCCCCUCCACUGACUACUAGAAAAUGGCAGAGGAGAAAAAAAAUCAAUGAAACUUGAAAAAAUGUUUAUUCUCAGUUUCAGAUACUCUUUUUAUAUUUAUGAUUGUAAAUAUGUCCUUGUGAUGGCACUCUACCGGGGUUGGAAAGUUCCGUUCUGUUAGGUUGCUGUAUAGCACGUCAUCCAUGUCAAACUCUUUUUUUUUAAUUUAAACAAGCAUUCACUUGAAGGGCUCCUCACCUCCACACACACUUGCAUGGUUUACUUGGCUUUCCCCCUUUCUCAUCUAGCUGCAAAUCCGUCGCAUUUUUGCAAUAACUGUUCUGUUUCUACCUCAUCAGCUAAAAAAUAAUGAAAAAAAAAGAGAAAAGGAAAAAAUAUCAGGUCCAUGGAUUAAUGGUUUGUUUGGAAAAUUGGGGACUUAUUUUGCUUUUGUUUUACUUGAAAUAUUUAACGUCCAUAUAAUUUCACUGUAAAAAACGCUUUGACAAUCAAAUAAUUAAAUCUCAUAUUUAUGACAUUUCCCCUUGAAAUGAGUGUAAUAACGUGUAAGUAACUGGUCUACUUGCUUCUCACCAUAAAAGCUCUUGGAUUUGACAUACGAAUUUCUUUUCUCUGUACAAUUCACUCGUUUCUGUGCGGUUUUUAUUUUCCAGGAUGCAUUGACCAGGGGAAAGUUUUAUUUUUGAGAGGUCGAACUUAUGUGUAACUUAAAGAAAACUCACUAUGGUUAUCAGAAGUUAUUAGUAAAUAACUUGUUACUUUGCAAAUAUUUAACUCUGCACUUUCUAAGGCAAGAUUUUUUUUUGCUUUGCGUAUUUAAUAGAGAAAUUUGCCUUUGUUUCUUUUUUAAUGAUUAUUUAAUUUUGUUGUGUG